CAGCCCUUGGAUUUCUAGGUAACUGCUGCGCCGGUAACAGCGUCGACAGACGAGUGGGGCCGGAGCGGCAUGAACACAGUUCCCGCUCCCACCUCGCUCAACCCUGAAGACAUCCAGUCGAACUUGGCCUGGGGUGCGCGUGCGAGUAUCAGGUUGCUGAGCACAACGAUUGACAGGUGCUCCCGGACCAGCACACUCCAUCAAGUUGAGUGGGAGAAAGCGCACGUGCGUGUCUGUCCGGGACAGGGAUGUAGAUGCAUAUUUAUAUUGCAAAAAAAACCUCACAGUAACAAUCUCUCUCGCCCGAGCAAUUCUGCUAUUUUCAACCGUUGAGGAUUAGUUCGAAUUAGAUCAGCUUCUCGCAACCGAGCUAAAAGUGUUUUGUUCUUCUGAAGCCUGAAAGUAAUGGUUUAACCAGUGCCUCUGUGACCACUGAUAUCAACUCUACCAGCAAAAAUAUUUGGCAAGUUCGUCUUUAAAAAAAAAAAAACAGUCCGGAGCAAAAUCCUUUCUUCAGGUUUGUUGAUGGGGGAUGUUAUUGAUGGCAAUUCCUGGCCCAAUGAUGCAGGGGGCGAAACAAGGCCCUCCAUCGUACAGGGGAAUGAAGAUGCGGAAGAGCUACAGACGUACUUACAUGAGAAACAACAGGGAUUUGUGGAUCAACUAGAAAUGCAUGUACAAUUGGAGGCUAAAACCAUUCCUCCUGGGAAUUCUGAGCAACUGGUAUCACCUCAAGAAGAAGGAAUUUCUCUGAAUGUACCAAGUUUGGCAGAUUUCAACACCUCAAACUCUGCCAAAGUGGCAAAGGAGAAAAAGGCAGAGCAUGUGCCUCAAAUGAAACCCACACCAAGGCUAUCAGGAUCUUCUUCAGUUGCAUUGGAAUUACCAGGACCAGAAAACUACCCACCUAAAGUUGCUCCGGCAUCCAAAUUGUGGACCACAGAGAAGAGCAGUGCAACCAAGCUCCGAAUGGAGGAUUUUGGUUUGGGUGCCAACACGCCUUUGACUGUUGGCCAGAUGCUCCAGCUGGCAGUGAGAAAUUAUGGUCAACGUGAUGCUUUGGCUUACAAAGUGGAAGAUCAUUGGGAAAAAAUAACCUUUAAACAAUUUUACAAUCGAUGCAAAAGUGCUGCGAAGAGCUUUCUUAAGCUUGGACUGGAACGUUUCUGUGGUGUUUGCAUCCUAGGAUUCAACAGUCCAGAGUGGUUCAUUGCAGACGUAGGAGCAAUUCUGGCAGGUGGCUUGGCUGUCGGGAUUUAUGCAACAAAUUCUGCAGAUGCAUGCAAGUACGUGAUCGAUAACUGCAAGGCCAACAUUGUGGUGGUGGAGAACAAUAACCAAUUGCAAAAGAUUAUGGAGAUUAGAAAAAGGUUGUCUCACCUGAAAGCAAUUGUUCAGUAUAAAGAUGCAUUGGAAACAGAGCAUUCAGGCAUUUUUACGUGGAAACAAUUCCUGAAACUUGGGCAUUCUAUCAGUGAUGCAGAGCUGGCUGAACUUAUUAAUGGUCAGAAGUCUAAUCAUUGUUGUACAUUAAUCUACACAUCUGGAACUACAGGAACCCCAAAAGGAGCAAUGCUUAGCCACGACAAUAUAACUUGGACUGCCCACACAGCAGGGGCGACUGUGGGGAUUUCUCCACUGACUCCCGAAAGAAUUGUCAGUUUCCUUCCACUGAGUCACAUUGCAGCACAGAUGAUGGAUCUGUGGAUUCCAAUGACGUUUGGAAGCACUGUCUACUUUGCACAGCCGGACGCACUCAAGUCUACUUUAGUGGAAACUUUGAAAGAUGUGCAUCCUACUGCCUUUAUGGGAGUGCCACGUGUUUGGGAGAAAAUUGAGGAAACGCUGAAACAAAUGGCUGCCAAUUCAUCACCUUUAAAAAGAAAGCUAGCUGCCUGGGCAAAGGUGAAAGGUCUACGAGCAAGUUAUAAUAUAAUGAACGGAAUAGAUUCAACACCUUGGGGAUACGCCCUGGCAAAUAAACUGGUGUUUCGGAAAGUACGUAAUGCCCUGGGUCUGGACCACUGUACGAGGUGCUUUACGGGAGCUGCACCUAUCUCCAAAGCAACACUGGAUUUCUUCCUGAGUCUCCGUAUCACAAUUUGUGAACUGUAUGGAAUGAGUGAAAGUAGUGGUCCACACACUAUCUCUUAUCCAGAAUCAUUUAGAGUAACAAGCUGUGGAAAGGAUAUGGAAGGGUGCAAGUCUAAACUUUCCAAUUCAGAUCGUGAUGGGGUUGGAGAAAUAUGUUUCUGGGGCAGAAAUGUCUUCAUGGGAUACCUGAACAUGGAUGAGCAAACCAUAUCAACCAUAGAUGAAGAUGGCUGGUUGCAUUCUGGAGAUUUGGGAAAAUUUGAUAGUGGGAGAUACCUGUAUAUUACCGGCAGAAUAAAAGAAAUGAUAAUCACCGAUGGAGGUGAGAAUAUAGCUCCGAUCCCCAUUGAGGAUGCUGUUAUGACUAAACUGCCACUGAUUAGUAACGCCAUGUUAAUUGGCGAUAAGAGAAAAUUCCUCUCCAUACUUCUCACUUUGAAGUGUAAUAUGGAUAAUGAGACAGGAGAACCACUUGACGAUUUGGCUCCACCAACCAUUGAUUUCUGCCGCAAAAACGGAUGUUCAGUUACCCACUUGAGUGAUUUUGUGAAAAGACAAGAUCCUAUGAUCGAGAAAGCUAUUCAGGAUGCUAUUGACACCGUGAAUAAAGAUGCCACAUCAAAUGCUCAGAGAAUCCAAAAGUGGAUAAUUUUGGAUAAAGACUUCACAGUUUCUGGAGGAGAAUUGGGUCCGACAAUGAAACUGAGAAGGCCUUUUGUGGCAGAAAUGUACAAAGAAGAGAUUGAUUCUCUUUAUAAUGAAUGAAUUUGACAUAAUGUGUAGAGAGUAUAAGAAAAUCCAGCCGUUUAAAAUAUUAAAGACUGGCGGAUUCUGUAAUGUUAAGUUCAUGUACAAGGUUUUUUGUGUCUUCAAAUGAACAAGAAAUAGUGAUCAAUUCCACUGUUCAUA